AUGAAGUCCUCACCCACUAGCGGAACUCUUAGUCCCCAGACGCUCAGGGUCUGGGUCAUGGAGUCCCGACCGCUGCUCCUGCUGCUCCUGCUGCUCUGGGGGGCGCUAGCCCUGACCGAGACCUGGGCGGGCUCCCACACCAGGAGACUUUUCACCACCUUUGUGUCCGGACCGGGCCGCGGGAAGUCCCGGUACAUAGGUGUCAUCUACGUGGACGACACGGAGAUCAUGCGGUUCGACAGCGACGCCCGGAACCCGAGGCUGGAGCCGCGGGUGCCGUGGAUGGAGCAGCCGUGGGUGGAGCAGGAGAGGCCGGACUAUUGGAAAGAUCAGACAGGGGUUUGCCAGCACUAUGCACAGAUGAGCCAACAGAACGUGAACAGGCUGCGCGCCCACUACAACCAGAGCGAGGACGUGUCGCACACCUUCCAGGAAAUGAGCGGCUGCGUCGUGGACUCAGACGGAAGCUUCCUCCGCGGAUACAGUCAGCUCGCCUACGACGGCGCCGAAUACCUCGCCCUCAACCAGGACUUGAGCUCCUGGACCACGGCAGACACCGAGGCCACGACCACCGCGCGCAACUUGGUGCAGAUCCCUGAUGCGGAGAGCAAGAGUGCCUACCUGAAGAGAACGUGCGUGCUCUGGCUCCACAAGUACCUGGAGAAGGGGAAGGAGACGCUGCUCCGAGCAGACCCUCCAAAGACACAUGUGACCUGCCACCCCAUCUCUGACCAUGAGGUCACCCUGAGGUGCUGGGCCCUGGGCUUCUACCCUGCGGACAUCACCCUGACCUGGCAGCGUGAAGAGGAGGACCUGACCCAGGAUGUGGAGCUUGUGGAGACCAGGCCUGCGGGGGACGGGACCUUCCAGAAGUGGGCAGCUGUGGUCGUGCCCCCUGGAGAGGAGCAGAGAUACACAUGCCAUGUGCAACACCAGGGGCUGCCCGAGCCCCUGACCCUGAGAUGGGACCCCCCUCCUCAGACCACCAUCACCAUCAUUGUGGGCAUCGCUGCUGCCCUGGGUCUCCUUGGAGCUGUGGCCACUGGAGCUGUGCUGUGGAGGAGGAAGGACUCAGGCAGAGGCAGGAAGAGCUACGCUCAAGCUGCCUGCAUCGACAGUUCCCUGGGCUCUGAGGUGUCUCUCUCAGCUCCUAAGGUGUGACAGAGCUGCCUUGUAGGGGACUUGGUGCUAAAAUAGUCACUAUAGCCUCCCCUUGGACUUUCAGGAUCCCUGCCUCCUUUUUCUGCAACCGGCAUUGGAACAUGUCUGUAUUCUCAUCAGCAUCAUGUCAGGAGGUGGUCACCAAGCCACCCUCCCCACAGGGACGUGUGUCCUCUCCCCUGGGGACUGUCCAAUUGAGGCAGGAGGUAGUCAGGAAGGAAGCUCCUGAGGCCCCGCAGGGCUGAGGUAGAAAACAUCUAUACAUGACAAAGACCCCCUAAGACGGGUUGUUCCUGUUUUCUGGGAUAACUCUGAAUC